AUUAAACUAUUAAUCUAACUCUGUACUUCCAUAUGUCCCUCCAUCUGUUUCUCUCUCUUAUACACAAUAUAUGUAUGUAUUCAUUUCCAUCUUUCACAUUUCUUAUAUCAUAUAUGUUCCAUUCAUUUAUUCACAAAAUAUUUUUACACAAUAAUUUCAUAUAGAAAUGCCUACGGUGAACAGCAGCAGUCCAGCACCUUGCAGCACGAGAUCAUGGUCUAUCAGUGAUGAUUCGUUGAGGAGGUUCGUCUUCUUCGCAAGUGAGAGCUGCAUACAAGAACUAUUAUCUGCUUCUGAUUCCAACAGAGCUGGAAACGGGAACGAUGGAUGGAAAGUACUGGCUUUUGAAGAUGGAGUUGAGAUAUCGAAACGUAGGUCUGGAUCUGGAUCUUUUCACGCUUUUAGAAGCCGGUGGUUGCUUAAAUCCGUGUCGACUGAACAAUUUAUCACAGUUGCAAACGCCAUUGAUGCUGCCAAGCAAUGGGACUCGGAUUUGGUGGAAGCAAGAUACAUCAAAGAUCUUGAUGAAAACCUGAGCAUUAUACGAUUGAGAUUUGGGGAGAGCGCUAAGCCUGUUUUCCGUAACCGAGAGUUCAUUGUGUACGAGAGACGCGAAACAAUGGAUGAUGGGACUCUGGUGGUAGCUGUAGCUUCAUUGCCAAAAGAGAUAGCUGCAGGGUUGCAGCCAAAGCAGAAUAAUUCUAUAAGAGGGUUGCUACUGCAAUCAGGAUGGGUUGUCGAAAAGCUUGAUGAUGAUUCAUGCAUGGUGACUUAUGUAGUUCAGAUGGAUCCUGCUGGAUGGUUACCGAAGUUCUUUGUGAAUCGAUUCAACACAAAACUGGUUAUGAUCAUUGAAGACCUUUGGAAACAAGCUCAAGCUUGCUCUGCCAUUCCUUCCAUUACUGAUCCAUCAUGAAACAAGGAUCUACAAUUAUAGUGAUACUAGUGAAUACGGUUUACGUAUGAUUGUAUCAUGUCAUGAUGUUAUAUAUAUGUAUGAUAGAACAAAUCAAUCAAUUUUGAAGAGUAAUGAUAUUAACAAGUGUCCACCGCUUA